AUGGCCUCAAGGACCACAAGGGCUGGGUCUAGUAAUGGAAAUGAAAGGCUGGACCAAAUCCUUGAUUUACUGAACCAGCAGAGUGCCAGAAUGAAUGAAAUCGAACAGGAGGUGCAUUACUUAGGUCAUGUCAUAUUCGCUGAAGGAAUUUCAGUUGAUCUUGCAAAGAUAGAAGCACUAGUAGAUUGGCCAACAACUCAGAAUGUUUCAGAAGUUUGGAGUUUUAUGGGACUUGCAGGAUAUUAUAGAAAUUAUGUGGAAGGAUUUUCCAUGAUAGCAGCACCUAUUACUUCACUUCAGAAAAAGGAAAAAAGGUUUGAAUGUACUAAGAAGUGUGAGGAGUCAUUUCAACUUUUGAAGCAGAAAUUGACAACAGCACCAGUCUUAACUAUACCAGAUCCCAAUGGACAUUUUAUAGUAAUUACAGAUGCCUUAGGUGAAGGUAUGGGAGUAGUGUUGAUGCAGGAAGGAAAGGUGGUUGCAUUUGAAUCAUGA